UCUGACGAGGUCACUCUCUGCACCCUUAUACUCCAUCAUGGCCGCCAAGUCGGGUAUUGUCUUCCUUUUAUACGUAAUUUGGUAUUUCACUGAAUCUUUCUUCAAAACAUGUGUCAAUGUUUUUGUGCCUUCGUCCCUGCGCCGACAGAAAGAUGUCAGGGGUGAGAUUGUCUUGGUAACGGGUGGCGGGGCCGGGCUAGGCCGCCAUCUUGCCAUAGGAUUUGCCAAACGGAAAGCUACUGUAGUGAUCUGGGACGUCAACCAGCACGGCAAUGAGGAGACUGCGCGUAUAAUACGUGAGCUAGACGCUGGAGACGUACACGCAUACACUGUAGACGUCAGUAAGGCAGAGCAAGUGUAUGCAGCAGCUGAUCGAGUUCGACAGGAGGUUGGUGAUGUCACCGUGCUGGUCAAUAAUGCUGGCGUAGCACACUACAAACCGGUCCUGGAGUGCUCUGAAGAAAUCAUCCAAAAAACUAUCAAUGUCAAUGCUGUCUCGCAUAUCUGGCUCCACAAAGCCUUUCUUCCCGCCAUGAAAGACAAGAACAGCGGUCACAUCGUGACUAUUGGUAGCAUCAUAGCCUUCGUCCCGUACAGGUCCAUGGGUGCAUACACCGCUAGCAAGUGUACAGUGCAUGGCAUCCAUGAAUCCUUACAACUAGACCUCGCCUUCGAGAACUCCGCUAUUAAGAUGACGCUAGCGUGUCCCUCUGGACUGGCCACGGGCAUGAUAGUGGGACGUAUCAAUACUGGGGAUGCGGAACUCAGUCAACCGCAAAAUGCAGCCGAGGAAAUCAUAGAGGGCGUCCUUCUAGAUAAGUUAGUUGUGUGCGUGCCUGGUGGGGCUUACCUUUACACACUUAUCAAGAAUUUGAUUCCCGUUAAACUGAUGGUGAUGCUACUCCGGUCAAUCCACUUGGAAGACACAUUCGUCAAGGAGGACAAAACAUUUGAAGACGAGGAGGAGAAAUAGACGACUGUUGCAUGUCCUAAAAAUCCUCUGCAACAUAUACAGUCUCCAAGAUUUACUCAUUUAGACACUGUGAAAUUGCUCUAUAAAGCAAUGAAAACUAUCAGCUAUUUGAAUCGUGUGAAUAUUUCUUACAAGAGAACGCUGAUUUAUAUGUUCUUGAAUAUGCAUAGAGUUGUUUUUUUUCCUGAUAGUUACUCGUUUAUAUAAGAUAUUCUUGACGUUCUCCAAUACAUUCUUGCUCCAUGUAAGACCAUCCAUUAAGCAUUAGCGAUCGGUAAAGUGGCUUUUUGAGUCUUUAAUUCCAGUCAAAACCUAAACGAAAAAAGGCCCUGUCGAAGUUUAAUUCAAUUGAAUAUUGACAUUCACAAAUAAGGGUGAGUCAAAAAUGCGGAACCCAAACCCCC